AUGCCACACUGCACCAUGCCGUGCCGUGCCGUGCCGUGCCGUGCUGCGAGCCGGCUGGGCAGCACUGAGCUGUUCCUGGCCGGGGGGGUCACCGGAUCCUGUCCCUGCGUCCCCUCCAGGCUCUGCGGCCGGGGCUGCGCCCCCCGUGCACGAGGGCACGAGGAUGUGCACGAGGCACACAGGGAUGGGCAGUGGGGAGAUGGGGCCGUGCACAGGGGCACGGGGCCGUGCACAGGGACACACCAGGGCACAGGGACACACCAGGGCACAGGGACACGCACGAGGGCACGGGGACACAAACCGGGGCACGGGGCCGCGCACGUGUGGGCCCCGUGCCGGCUGGCGUGCCGGUACCUGCGGUGUUUGCACACCGGGCACUGCCGCAGCUCUGUCACUUCCCAGUCCACGUGCGAGGGCCAGGCCGGUUGUGCAACACUCGCUGGUGGUGGCCGAUUCCCAGGGGGGUCGGUGCCGCAGCAGCCCCUUCGCCGCGACUCCGGCUGUUGGGUGACCGGCGGUGCCGCCCCACGGCGCCCACCCUCCUCCUCCUCACUGCCCACCCGCCAGACGGGUUUGGGGGGGCUGCGGGGGGCACGGGGCUGCCUGGCACCGGGGUACGCCCCGGCGAGCACCCCCACGUGCAAGCUGAGCCAGACCUACGGCCCCGUCUUCACCGUGUACCUGGGGGCGCGGCGCGUGGUGGUGCUGCGGGGGCACGCGGCGGUGCGGGAGGCGUUGGUGGAGAACGCCGACGCCUUCGCCGGACGCGGGCGCAUGCCCACGGUGGAGAAGACUUUCCAGGGUCACGGGGUGGUGUUCUCCAACGGGGAGCGCUGGCGCCAGCUGCGCCGCUUCUCCCUGACGGUGCUGCGGGAUUUCGGGAUGGGACGGAAAAGCAUCGAGGGCCGGAUCCAGGAGGAAGCGCAGGUCCUGCUGCGGGAGCUGCGCAGCACCCAAGAAAAACCCUUCGACCCCACGUACCUGCUGAGCUGCGCCGUCUCCAACGUCAUCUGCUCCAUCGUUUUCGGGAAUCGUUUCGAUUAUCGGGACGAGGAAUUCCUGGAGCUGCUCCAGAUGAUGAACGAGAGUUUUCGGGAGCUCAGCACCCCUUGGUCGCAGUUUUACGAGAUGGGUGAGACCCUCCUGAAGCACCUCCCGGGCCCCCACACCAAGAUCCCGCGGCUGCUGGCGAGGAUGAGGAGCUUCAUCGCCCGUCGGGUGCGGAAAAACGCCGAGACGCUGGAGCCGGGGCUCCCACGGGACUUUAUCGACUGCUUCCUGCUCCAGAUGGAGAAGGAAAAGGACAACCCCUCCUCGGCAUUCAACACGGAGAACCUGGAGCUGACCACCCUCAACCUCUUCUUCGCCGGGACGGAGACCGUCAGCUCCACGCUGAGGUACGGCUUCCUCAUGCUGAUGAAACACCCGGACGUGCAAGAGAAGGUCUACGAGGAGAUCGAGCGGGUGAUCGGUCGCGAUCGUGCACCCAACAUCGAGGACCGGAGCCGGAUGCCGUACACGGACGCCGUCAUCCACGAGAUCCAGCGUUACAGUGACCUCAUCCCCAUGAACGUCCCCCACGCCGUCACCCGUGACAUCCUCUUCCGUGGCUACCUCAUCCCCAAGGACACCGACGUGUACCCCCUGCUCAGCUCCGUCCUGCACGACCCCUCCGCCUUCAAACACCCCGACACCUUCGACCCCUCGAAUUUCCUGGACGAGAACGGACGCUUCAAGAAGAACGAAGCCUUCGUCCCCUUCUCCUCCGGGAAGCGGGUGUGCCUGGGAGAGGCCUUGGCGAGGAUGGAGCUCUUCCUCUUCCUCACCACCAUCCUGCAGAGCCUUCGCCUGCAGCCGCUGGUGCCGCCGGCGCAGCUGCCCAGCGCCCCGCUGGAGAGCGGUUUCGCCAACAUCCCCCCCAUCUACCAGCUCCGCAUGGUGUCCCGCUGAACCCCCCCACAGCCCCCCAGCACCGGGACCCCCCCAGCACCGGGACCCCCCAUCCUGGCACCGGGGCCCCCCCCAGCACUAGGACCCCCCCAGCACCGGGACCCCCCCAGCACCGGGACCCCCCAUCCCAGUGCGGGCACUGGCCCUAUAAAGCGUCCGGUGAACUCAAA